CACCUUCCCCAGAGCUUCUCUGCACAGGGUCCUGGCCAGCAAGGAAGCCUGCACUGACGGAGGCUGCUCACCAGAAGAGGAGCAACUAGGAAUGGCCGUCCCAUCCGUCGUGACAGUCCAGCCACAGUACAACAUGGUUGUGCCUGCUGUCUCGAGGAGCAUGUGGCAGACAGGGCUGAUGGACUGCUGCACCGACUGCAGCGUCUGCUGCUGCGGGAUGUUUUGCUUCCCCUGCCUCGCCUGCCAAGUGGCUGGGGACAUGAACGAGUGCUGCCUGUGUGGGACCAGCGUCGCCAUGAGGACCCUCUACCGCACCAGAUACAACAUCCCGGGGUCCAUUUGCUCUGACUUCUGUGUCACCAUGUGGUGCCUCAUGUGCUCCGUUUGCCAAAUAAAGAGAGACAUCAACCGGAGGAGGGAACUGGGCAUAUUCUGAUGCCACUGUCCUCGCUGCACCCUGCGGAGCCACUGUGGCAGGAGUCACCACUGUCCUGGCUUUUGGGAAAUGCACCACGAGGGAUUUGCCUUGGUUAUGAUUGAUUUCCCCCUUCCCAGGGUAACACCAUGAAUAAACAGCAAAGUUUGUCUUCCUGCCUCUGUGU